UUCAAUGGGUCAGUCCGACCACGGUUUACUGGUUCAGUCCCAGUGCCUGCUGGCUGAGUCCCAGUGUGGGCUGUGCGACCAGGUGCUGGCAUGCCCAGUGUCCUCCCUCUCCUGUGGGCACAGGUUCUGCGAAGAGUGCAUCUCCCGCCACCCGAACCAGGCUGGAGCAGGGACGGGACGCGACUGCCCCGGGUGUGGGAGAGACGCCUUAAGGCAGGUGAUGAGGGCCCACAAGGCGAGUUUAAAGAGGAGGUUUGAGCGCAUCAGGGAAGGACACGCGUCUCCAGAGACUUGCACCCUUCUGGAGAGGGUCUUCACAGAGCUACACAUCACUGAGGGGGAGAGUGAAUCAAGAGUGAACAAAGAGCAUGAGGUCAGGCAACUGGAAGCUACUCUCAGAAUGGAAGCUACUUGCACAGGUGCUGCCGACACACCAAUUAACUGCAAUGACAUCUUCAAGCCACUAGAGGGCAGAGUUGGGCACAUCAAAACUGUAUUGACAAAGGGGAUCGCUGGGAUUGGUAAAACGGUGUCGGUACAGAAGUUCAUCUUGGACUGGGCGCAAGGGCUCUCCAACCAGGACUUGGACUUCUUGUUCGUGCUGCCUCUGAGGGAGCUCAAUCUGGUCAAAGAUGACCACAGCCUUCACCAUCUCCUGCUCAAGUUUCACCCAGAACUUAAAGGGUUAAGGGACCUGAUGCAGUAUGAAGCGUGUCAGCUUCUGUUCAUUUUUGAUGGUCUGGAUGAGAGUCAGCUAGAGCUGAACUUUGGAGACACCCACUUGGUGUCAGACAUAGAGCAGACAACUUCAGUGGCCGCUGUCAUCACAAGCCUUAUCCGGAGUAGCUUGUUGCCAAUGGCAUGCGUAUGGAUAACCUCACGACCUGCUGCCGCAGACCAGAUCCCUGCUGAGUAUGUUCAGCGGGUGACGGAGGUGCGGGGCUUCACCGACCCACAGAAAGAUGAGUACUUCCAGAAGAGGGUCGCUGAUCCAAACAAAGCCUCCCAGAUCCUGUCCCACUUGAGGUCAUCUAAGAGUCUCCACAUCAUGUGCCACAUCCCUGUAUUUUGUUGGAUCUCGGCCACUGUGCUUCAGAGGGUUCUGGAACACAGCGAUGCCGCGGCAAUCCCCAGAACCCUGACUGAAAUGUUCAUCCAUUUCCUGAUCAUUCAGACAAUCACAAGUGACAUGAAGUUCACAAAAGGUCAAGAUUCAGCGGGAGAACAGGGAAAGGUGCUGGAAUCCAACCGAGACAUCGUCCUAAAACUGUCAAAGUUGGCCUUCGAACACCUGGAGAAGGGCAGUCUGUUGUUCUACGAGGAGGACCUACGGAGCUGUGGCAUUGCAGUGCAAGACGCCGUAGUCUACUGCGGCAUGUGUACCGAGAUCUUCCGCCAGGAGUCUCUUUUCGGCCAGGCAAAGGUUUACAGCUUUGUACAUGUUACCAUUCAGGAGUUCCUGUCAGCCCUCUUCAUAUUCCAGUCCUACAUUGUGAAGGACAGAGAUGCACUCAGGUCGUUCCUCCCAGAGAACAGCCCCACCUCCAGCCAGACAAGAGGUCUUUUCAAGGGCAAGAGUGUGACACAGGCCUACGAUCCAGACCUGCAUGUCCUUAUGAAGGGAGCCAUCAACAGGUCUCUGGAGUGCAAGAAUGGCCACCUGGAUCUCUUCCUUCGCUUCCUACUGGGCAUUGCCCUUGAGACCAAUCAGAGGCUCCUCCAAGGUCUGCUUACCAAUCAGAGGCAACCCCAAGGUUUGCUGCCCAAUCACAGAGUUCUGGCCAUUGGCCAUAGGACCAAUCAGGGAGAGGGACAUAGCCGAGGUCUACUGCCUCGCAUUGAGAACUCCUCCAGGGCUAUCACCAAGACCAUCAGCUAUAUCAAAGACAUCAAUGAGGUAGACAUCUGUCCCGAGAGGUAUAUCAACCUGUUCCACUGUCUGCUGGAGAUGAACGAUCGCUCGGUCCAUGAGAAGAUCCAGCGGUACCUGCAGUCUGGGAGAGAGAAGCGCAAGGCGCUGCGGCCGUCUCAAUGUUCAGCACUGGCGUGUGUGCUGCUGAUGUCGGAGGAGACAAUGGAGCAGCUGGAGCCGAGGGCCUUCAACACCUCAGAAGAGGGCCGCAGGAGGCUCCUGCCUGCCAUCAGGUGCUGCAGGAGGGCCCUCCUGGCUGACUGUAACCUGUCGGAGCAGUCAAUGGAGGUGGUGCUGAGUGCAGUAGCUGUGGGCAGCUCGGCCCUGAGGGAGCUGGAUCUGAGCGGCAAUCCCCUGACGGAACCUUCUAUCCUACUGUUGGCUUCCCUUCUCAGCAGUGCCCCCUGCAGGCUGGACACUCUCAAGAUGUCAGGCUGUGGUCUAACGGAGUGUGGUUGCGAGUCUCUGGCCCCUGUGUUAAGCUCCGCCUCUUCCUGUCUGAGGGUCUUGGACCUCAGCAACAACCAGUUAUGUGAUGCAGGAGCCAUGCAGCUAUCCACACAGCUGCAGAGCCUUAACUGUCAACUGCAAAUACUCAGGUUGUCAUCCUGUCGUAUCUCGGAGGUGGGCAGUGCGUUACUGUGCUCCGUGGUGUCCCAGGACUCCAGGCUGAAGGAGCUGGACCUGAGGCACAAUGUGGUUGGGCAGCCAGCAGCCAACCUCCUCCUCUCAGCCCUACUGGACCCUCACUCCAGGCUAGAGGCCAUUGGGUAAGGACUGACAAGCAGGCAUAGAUGUAAACAGAUAGACAGGAAGGCAGGCAGACAGACAGACAGCCAACCUUCUCCUCUCAGCCCUGCUGGACCCUCACUCCAGGCUACAGGCUAGGGUAAGGACAGACAAGCAGACAAGCAGGCAUAGAUGUAAACAGAUAGACAGGAAGGCUUACAGACAGACAGAUGGCCAACCUUCUCCUCUCAGCCCUGCUGGCCCCUCACUCCAGGCUACAGGCUAGGGUAAGGACAGACAAGCAGACAAGCAGGCAUAGAGGUAAACAGAUA